AUGGAGCAAUUUCGAAAGAUUGGGGAGGAUUUGGGAAGUAUAAAGGCCUUGAUGGUGUUCCAAGACAACAUCCAAAUCAAUCAGCGGCAGUGUUUUUUGCUGCUUGAUAUCUUCAGCUCAGCAUAUGAAUCAAUAGCAGAGGAGAUGAAAUAUAAUCUGAGAUUUGAAGAGAAGCACACUAAAUGGAGGGUUCUCGAGCAGCCGUUGAGAGAGCUCCACAGGAUAUUCAAAGAAGGAGAAGCCUACAUCCGGCACUGCUUGGAAACAAAGGAUUGGUGGGCUAAAGCCAUUACUCUCUAUCAGAACUCCGAUUGCAUUGAGUUUCACAUCCAUAACUUACUUUCCUGCAUGCCAAUUGUCAUUGAAGCAAUUGACAUUGCUGGAGAAAUAUCAGGGUGGGGUCAGGAUGAGAUACAAAGGAAGAAAACCGUGUUCGCGGAUAAGUACAAAGAUGACUAUAGAGAUUGGAAACUUUUCAAGUGGAGAUUUGGGAAGCAAUAUUUGAUUACUCAAGAUUUCUGCAAUAGGUUUGACACAACAUGGAAAGAAGAUAGAUGGACUCUUCUCCAUAAAAUCAGAGAAAAGAAACUCUCAGGUUCGACAAAGUACGGGAAACGCCUCAUAGAUCUUCUUUUCAAAAGCUUAGAUGGGUCAGAGUCACAGCCUUUGAAUGGAAAGCUCUUACCUAGUUCAAUCCUGGUGGGGUCUAAGGACUACCAGGUGAGGCGACGGCUAGGGGGUGGAAGUCAGUAUAAAGAGAUCCUAUGGCUGGGUGAAAGCUUUGCCUCAAGACACUUCUUUGGGGAUAUUGAACCCCUGCUGCCAGAGAUUUCUUCAUUGUUAUCUCUGUCCCACCCCAACAUAGUGCACUUCCUUUGCGGGUUUACGGAUGAGGAAAAGAAAGAGUGUUUUCUCAUUAUGGAACUGAUGAGCAGAGACCUCUGCAGCCACAUCAAAGAGAUUUGUGGCCCACGAAAACGACUUCCAUUUUCUCUUCCUGUUGCAGUUGAUCUGAUGCUUCAAAUUGCAAGAGGAAUGGAAUAUCUCCACUCGAAGAAAAUCUACCACGGAGAAUUGAAUCCUUCUAACAUACUUGUUAAAGCAAGAGGCAUCUCCACAGAUGGGUACUUGCAAGCCAAGGUUUCAGGUUUUGGUUUAACUUCUGCGAAAAGCCCCAGCCAAAAAAACCUUUCAAAUCAGAAUGGAAGCCUACCUUUCAUCUGGUAUGCUCCGGAAGUUCUGGAAGAGCACGAACAGACAAAAAGUAGUGAGAAAAAGUACACAGAAAAGUCUGAUGUGUAUAGCUUUGGCAUGGUUUGCUUUGAGCUUCUGACAGGGAAAGUGCCUUUUGAGGAUAGUCAUCUUCAAGGGGAGAAGAUGAGCCGAAACAUAAGGGCAGGAGAGAGGCCGUUGUUCCCAUUCUAUUCUCUGAGAUAUGUGACCAACCUCACAAAGAAAUGUUGGCACAGUGACCCUAAUCUACGGCCAAGCUUCCCAUCCAUCUGUCGGAUUCUAAGAUAUAUUAAAAGGUUCCUUGCAAUGAAUCCUGAUUAUAACAGCCAGCUAGACCCACCAGUGCCUAUGGUAGAUUACUGUGAGAUUGAGUCAGGGAUUCUGAGAAAGAUUCCUUCUUGGAAGAGUUGUGAGCAACCACCAGUAUCACAAAUCCCAUUUCAGAUGUUUGUUUAUAGAAUUUCGGAGAGAGAAAGAACAACUUUGAAAGAUACUUCAGAAUCAGGAAGUGAUGGAGCUUCAAUCUGUGGAGAUGAAAUGGUGACCACUCCAGACGAACCAUUCCCGCCCGCGCCUGAGAGGAAGUGUUUAACAUCACCUGAUAGCAUGAAAAAGAAACUUCCAUUCUUGAAGAAAUCUUCAGAUGUGAAAGCCAACAGACUACCAGGAACACCAAGAGGACGGUCUGUCAGACCUCCACAGAUGAGCCCUUGUGGCCGUAGUAUUAGUCUGAGAAUGAGUUCAGAAAGCCAGCUAAUGGCAAUGAGUCCCAGAAUACGGAGAACAUCAUCUGGACAUGCCUCGGAUUCUGAGCUCUCCUAG